AGCUGAGCCACAGGUAAGGCUCUUUCAGGAAGGAAAAAUGAAAUAGGGGCCUCCAUUACCUUAGACUAAUAAAGCUAAAAGAGCCAUGCUUUAAUGCAAAAAUGCCACAAAAUAUGCAAGACUAUUGGUUGUCUGAAAGUAUUAAGGAUAAAAGAUUUGAAGAUCAGUAUGACCUUGGGAAAGAACUGGGCAGAGGCUCAACAGCUGUUGUAUACAAAUGCACUGUUAAAGGAACAGACCAAGCAUGGGCAGUAAAGAUUAUUGAUAAACGCGUUGAGCACAAAACAGUUUUGACAGAAGUUGGCAUCCUGCUCAGGCUUGAUCACCCAAACAUUGUACGAAUGAAGGAAGUUUAUGAAUCUCUUGAAUAUGUUUAUAUUAUUCUUGAGUUAGUCAUUGGAUCUGAACUUUUUGAGAGAAUUGUAUCCCAGCAGUUUUAUUCAGAAGAACAGGCAGCUAUUGCUGUAAGAGACAUUAUAACAGCUGUGGAUUAUCUACAUAAACAUAAUGUUGUUCACAGAGACCUUAAACCUGAAAACAUACUGUAUGAAAAUCUGUCACCAGAUUCUAAAUUAAAAAUAGCUGACUUCGGACUAUCAACCAUUGUCAGCAAUAAAGUGUCUCUUGUAACUGUUUGUGGCACACCAGGAUAUUGUGCCCCUGAGGUGUUAAAGGGCGAAAAAUAUGACAAGAGCUGUGAUAUGUGGAGUGUGGGAGUCAUUGCUUACAUUAUGUUAAGUGGCUAUGAACCAUUUUAUGCAGAGAAUGAAGCAUUAAUGUUUAAAAAUAUAUUGAAAGGUCAAUACACAUUUGAUUCUCCUUGGUGGGAUGAAGUCAGUGAAAAUGCUAAGGACUUAAUAAGGAAGUUGCUGGUUGUAGAUCCUAAGAAAAGACUAACCUCAGCAGCAGCUCUAAAGAAUGUUUGGGUAGCUGGAGUGGCCAAUAAGAAGGAUCACAAGGAGGCUACUGUUGAAAAACUAAAAGAAUUCAAUGCUAGAAGAAAACUUAAGUUUGCAACUGACACAUUAAUGGCAGUGGCAGGGGCAACCAAAAAAAUGCCUCUGUUCAGUCUGUUUGCACAGGACACUGAGGAUAGUGUACAAGAAGAAAUGGAGGUGAACUAAUUUUUUAAAACUCAUGCUGUUAAUACAUUGGCAAUGUUUUUUUUUACUAUGACUGAGAUGUGGAAAAUAUAACUUUGAAAAUUCUUAUAUUAAUUAAAAGUUCUUGUGCAUAUUGUGAUUGCUAUUUUAGUUAUAAAUAUCUAUCAAAAAUAAAAAUAUAUGUAAUAUAUAAAUAUAAAUAAUAUGUAAAAUUACUGUAUGAAAAAGAGCCCCGUAUUAAAUCUAAAGCAUUUUUAGCAGAGCAUCAAAAAUUUCCUAAUUUAAUUCUACACCAGCUGUUAGUUGUGAAAAACAUCUAAUUUUAUUGGUUUUUUUUAAAUGUUGUUAUAAACUUUUCAAUUGUGUAAGUUUAGACAUUUUAGAUAAUGAUAACAAAUAUUCUAUUUUUUUCAAAUGCACAGUGGUAACAGUUGAAGCUUUAAAAUGCCAUUAAGAAAUUAUUGUAAAAAAAGCCUUGAUUUACAAAGUAUUUUUAUAAUUACUGUAUUUUUCUUGCUGAACUAUUUUCAAUCUUCCAAAUAAAUCACAAUUUACUAUGUAA